UGGCAGAAAUGUAACUAACCACGAUUGUGUCUAAUCUCCCCGUACUUUACCGGUCCAAUAAUAACAAAUAUCAAUUUUAUAAAUAAAUAAUGUAAUUUACCCUAUAAUUUGUUUUGAAUUAUCGAUAAGAAAUGCACAAAAUCGUUAUGGACUAAAGAGCCGCUGGAAAUUAGCACCCUUAGGUAUCCGAAACAUGGAGGAAGCUGUCGACAACAUUGAAAAACAGAUGCAAAAGGCCGACGAGAGGCUCGACAGCUUAGCGGUGAAAGUGGUGAACGUCGAGCGCGACAUUUUCGCCGACGACGGUACGGAGGUCGCCGUCAACAACCUACUCAAAUCGGUGACGGACGUCAAGAACGACUACCAGAAUCUGCGCAAGGACAUCCACGAGGUGCAAGAUCUACAAAAACAGUUAAGUAACUCGUUGCAAUCGCAGCUUCAGCUUUUGCAAAGCAAGUACAACUUCUUGAAAGAGAAAAUAUCAGUGAAUGUGCCUAGAAAUUAUCCGGGUGUGCCUAAAGUCAUUGUAACCGACGCAUCACCUGGCAAACCUAAUUCGAAAUAGCCGUUGUUUAAAAGAGACGCUACUUCGCUUUAGAAAUGGCAAGAAAACCUUCCUAUAACAAGAUUAUAUUGCCAUUUUUAGUGCAGCUGUGGCACUAUUUUCUAUAGGAAUAUUUUACUUAAUUGUGAAUGCUUUCGUUUUAUUUAAUGGUCAAUACCGAUUCCUAUGUGUCAAUUUUAUAAGUGUAGCUAGCGGAGGUAUUAAUAAUAAUAUGCAAUAUUUGUAUAGGGAUAUAUUCUAAAUUUUUGACACAUAAAUUAGUCUGUGAUGUGUUUGAAGUCUGCAUGUUUUACCUAUUUAGAUUAACGAAGAAGAGUACAAACCGUUUCUUGUAGUUUUCACAAUCUGCACCCAAGGCAGAGGGGAUGUAAGUUGUAUUUGCAGGUACUUGGCGGAGUGAGUAUUUCGCACAUUUUCGUCACCUUUUUUAAAUUGGUUAAUCUAACGUUGCAUGACGUGCAUCCUGUAGUUAUCAAUCGGCAUGUGCUAAAUGUGUACAUGCAUGUUAUGAGUCAAUUAUUGUAGAAGCCGUAACGGAACUGAGUUAUUACCACGAUAUCAAGCACAAUAUUCUAGACUACUGUAACCGUUUUAUGUAUUUUAAUGCGAGUUGUAUCUGGUGCAAUAAAGUCUUAUCUAUCACUGUU